AUGAGUCCUGACCUGCCAGUGAAACGUGAAGACGCCGCCGCUGAUAACGGCGACGAUGAAGCAGCCGCUCCAGACCUGAAGAUCGUUAAGGUUGAAGAAGCGACCGAGAUAUCGGAAGAAGCGGCGACGGAUUCCCGCGAUGGGCAUCUGGAAGCGCCGGACCAGAACUUCGUCGAGGUUGAGUUGUCCGAAGAGGAGGACAUGGGUGGAGACGGAGCCGCCCCGAGGACCGAACCGCGGUCCGGGCGCCUCACAGCGCUGACGGCGGCCGGGGACGCCGCCGAUGGCAGGCGUCACGUCUGCGCGCGGUGCGGCAAGCGGUUCGCCCGCGCGUACGCCCUCAAGACGCACGCGCGGACCCACACCGGGGAGCGUCCCCACGCCUGCGGCGAGUGCGGCAAGCGGUUCGGGACGCGGCACAACCUGGCGACGCACGUGCGCGUCCACACGGGCGAGAGGCCGCACGUCUGCGGAGUCUGCGGCCGCGCCUUCUCGCAGCUCGGCGACCUGCGGAAGCACGCGCGGACCCACACGGGCGAGCAGCCGUACACACGCACGCGCGGACACACGUCCCGGCCGCCGCCCGCCGCCGUCGCGAACGCGCGUCGGUCACACGUUGAAGUGGGCUCUCGGAAACAACAACAACACCGACAACUCGGGGAGAGGCGGCACGCCUGCCCCGAGUGCGGCAAGCGCUUCGCCCACCGCUACCUCCUGGAGAUCCACGCGCUGAGCCACACGGGCGAGCGUCCGCACGUCUGCGGCGUCUGCAGCCGCGGCUUCGCGCGGCGCGGAGAUCUUAGGAAGCACACGCAGACGCACGCGGCCGGCGGCGUGGAGAAGCCGCACGCGUGCGGGGACUGCAGCCGAGCCUUCUCCCACCGCUACCUCCUGGGGAUCCACGCGCGCGUCCACACGGGCGAGCGGCCGCACGCGUGCGGGGUCUGCGGCCGCGCGUUCGCUCAGCGGAACGUCCUGAAGAGCCAUGCGCUGACGCACACUGGCGAGCGGCCGCACGCCUGCGGCGAGUGCGGCCGCGCGUUCUCGCAGCGCUCCAACCUGGAGGCGCACGCUCGCGUCCACACGGGCGAGCGGCCCCACUGCCUGCUCCGAGUGCGGCCGGGGCUUCUCGCGCCGCUCCGACUCAGGAGGCACGCGCGGACGCACGGCGCGGGAGACACACGUCGGGACGCCGAUGCCGCUUCCGCGCCCGGGAGCUGACCGGGCGUGCAAACGUUGGGGACCGCAGGAUAUCGGGCGAUCGCAGGAGACGAUUCUUCGCUGCUGCUGCCGCUGCCUUCCCACGCUCGUCUGCGCCUCUGUGGGACCGCUGGGCGCGUUGAUAAUUCUCCAGUGGUUUGGUCGGAUGAGCUCGGCAGGGGUCGGACUUUGGAGGCGGCGGGGCCGCUGUACCGGGAUGUUAUCUCGCUCGCCCGGCAUGCAGGAGGCCGUGGGGGUGGAUCCCGACCCCUGACGUUUCUACCUCUCACUCCUUACCUCUCUAUCUCCCUCACUCCCUCCCUACCGCCCUCCACUCCUUUGUUUCUUAAAACAAUUUUUCGAUCAGAAGAAACACAAAAAAUGCUCAGUUAGGCGGCACUCGGCUUCGUUCAUCAUGUCGUUUUUUAAAUAAAAGUUUGGCUUUCACGGCGUUUUUCUUUUUCAUAUAAACACGAAAUAUUACGCGUGUACCCCCUUUUCCCAUGUAACAGAAACCCCGUCGUGGGCUGUGUUCACAGACACAACGUUCAGAAACACCUUUAAACACCCGUCAGUCGCAUCACAGCACCCACUGCGGCCGAACGCGUUGAAAAGGAUGGAACUCGCCCGUCAACUGAGCGGAGAGAAAUUCCGCCAGAAACCACCAGGGCCUUAAACAUGCGGCAGUGGCUGAAUUAGGCUAAUGCCCUCGAUUGCACGUUGUCUGGCGCUACAGAUCGCCAGUUUCGCAUCGUUUGUGACUAAGUUCACGAAGCCCUCUUAUAAAUAUUCAUAUUCUUAGGUUUUUUCGGUAAAGUUACGUAGGUAAAAAAUUCAAGUUAAUAAAAGUAAUAUAAAAAUAAAAUAAAAAAUUCACGACGUUUCGGAGGCAACACAAGCUUCCGUCUUCAGGUGGAACCGUCACAGCACGAUAGCUGUUUCAAGUGAGAGAAAUUCCAAGAACACAGUCCUUGUAUAUAUACUGGUUGAGGGUUGGAGAAGCCAAGGUAGGCACCUGGAUAUUAUUAUUUUUUUGUGAGGUUCGGUGCGGCUGAAGCACGCUGUUAGGAAUGAGCCUUUGUUGUGUAAACUAGGUGUUGAGUGAGUGAGUGGGUGAUGGGUGAGUGAGUGGAUGGGUGAGUAGGUGAGUGAGUGAGUGGGUGAUGGGUGAGUGGGUGAGUAGAUGAGUGGGUGGGUGAGUGAGUGCAGCUGAAGCACGCUGUUAGGAAUGAGCCUUUGUUGUGUAAACUAGGUGCGGCUGAUGUGAAGGUGCGUGUAAAUGGGACAUAGCCUUUUGUUAUGUAGAGGUGAUGCGGCUGAAAUCGCUGCCAGGAAAUGAGUCUUUGUUGUGUAGAAUGGUUGACUGAGUCUUUUGUUAUGUAGAGGUGGUGCGGCUGAAAUCGCUGCCAGGAAUGCUCCAAAUGUGUGUAGUUAAAUCUUAUAAACUUUGGGGUCUACAUUCUCGCAAUGUCCAAAAUUAAGAAUCGCGGGAGAGAAAUUAAGCUUAAAUGACACUAAGUAAUUUUGUAUCAAUUUGAAAAAGUUAGUUGAGGCUUUGACAAUAUAUGUAAACGAUGCGCUUCUGUUUCAUUCCAGCGUGGAAUAAACAUUCUGGCUUAAUAUUUGUGAAACAUGCCCGAAAAUGACGUGUGGUCAUAGUUGUCACGUUAACCAUAAAAUAAAACAUUUUUAAAUACUUAAAAAAAAAACGCUUUAAUGAAAUGUACUGUCCGAGCUGCACCUCCCCCUGCCGCCUUCCCCCAUGGCCCCUCCCCUCCUUCCACAUGCCCCGCCCCUGGGCGUGGCUCCCCGAGGCUUGCCGUGACGUCAGGGA